AUGAAUGUUUAGUAAGUAGUUGUUUAAUAUAUUUAGUGAUUGCAUAGCUUUUACUGGAGACAAAUGGGAGUUACUAGAAUAAGACACAAUUGGCUUUAUGGCAGGAAGUAAUUAAAUAAAUGAAAUUAUUUAGAUACUUUAUGUAAGUGGAAUCUAGAAAAUAAUAGCAAGAGUUUUGUACAUUCUUAGAGAUAAGGGUUCUAGUGUUUUACAGUUAAUUAUAGGAAAAACAUAUUAGUGGUUGCAGAAUAUGGGCUUAAUCCAAUAGUUCAUGUUUAUGAUAAUGAAAAUGAAUAUGAUUUAGUAGGAGUGAGUCCAUUAGAAAUACUUUAAAUGGAAGUGUCUAAUUGUGGACGUUAUUUGUUGGUGAUUUUGGGAGUGCCAAAAUUUGAAAUUUGUUUAUGGGAUUUAAGAGAGAAAUGUAGAAUAAAAGGAAAGUUUAGUUAAUUACCAUUAAAAUUGAAUUUUAUAGAAGCUAAAUUCACAAUCUUAGGUGAAAGAAUUCUAAUUCGAUAUGUAAACUAAUUGUAAUUAUAUUAAAUUACACCUCAUUAUGAUAAUUAAAUUCAAAAGUAGUUUUAAUUGGAAUUGGUAGCAUCAAUUGAAUUAUCAGCUCCAACAAUUAUGGUUUAGGAUUAUAAUCUAAUAGAUGAUUCAAAAAGUCAAUUUGAAUAAAAUAACAUAUAUUUAAUAUAAGGAAAUGUAUUAAUUUAUUUAGAUGGAACAAAUUUAACUGAAAUUGUAAGACAUGAAUGUCAUUCAGAAAUUAAACAUUUAAUUCCAACCUAAGUUCAUUUAAUUGUUGUAUAUGCUCUUGCUAAAAUUGAAUGGUUGUACAAAUAUGUAACCAAUAAUUUGCAUGAUAAAGUGGCUGUACCUUUUAAAGUGAAUAAGAAAUAUAAUUUUCAUGAUAAAAUAGAAGUCAAAAAAAUAAUGUACAAUCAAUAAUGCACUAAAUUGAUAUGUUCUUAAGAUAAUGCCACUCUCUUUAUAAUCCCUGUACCUGCAGAAGGCUAUUUGGCAGAAGAUGAAGGCUAAGUUGAUUAACAAGAAGAAGAUAAAAUAAUAGACUUGACUCAUGAAAUUGAACCAAUUAAGUUAGGUCCCUUUUAAAAAGGAGUCAUAACAUUUAUCAGAGAAUAUAAAUAAAAUAAUGUAAUUGUAUGUGGAUCAGAUUAAGGAGUAGUCUUAUUUAUGGAUGUGAUAACAAGUAAUUAAGUAUUUUAUAUAUUUAGAAUAACCUUUAAGUAGUUUUAAUAUUGAAGGUAAAAUCUAUUCAGGAGAAUUAAUAGAACCUAAUUUAAUAAUAGGUACAUCAGCAGGAGUAUUAAGAUUUUAUAAUGUUGCUGACAUACGUUAGCCAGUACUUUUUAAGAUGAUAAAACUCUAUAUUGAUAAACCAAUUACAAGUAUAAGUAUUAAUGAUAACAAUUUGGCUGUUUGUAGUAGUGAUUCUCCAACAAUAUUUUUUUUUUUAAAUGAAAAUUUGAUUGGUUUUGUAGAUCUUCCAUUUAAUUGUUAAGCAAUAACAUAUGGAAAAGGUUAAUUAUUUUGUAUAUGCUCAUUUUUAUUAUUGAGUAUACCUUAACCAAAAUAAUCAUAAUCUUUGAAAUUGGAAGUCUAAAUUAUGGGAAGAAAAAUUGAUCCAGAUUAAACUUUAUUAAUAGUAACACCUUAAUAAGAAGUAAUAACAACAGGAAAGGAUAAAAUAUUUAAAAAAUAUAAAUUUCCUGAAGAAUUAUUAUCAAAAAUGGAUUUAAAAAUGAGAGUUGCAAAUUAACCUCCAGUUGAUGAAUAAGAUGGUCAUCAAUUACCAGCAACAUGUUUAGCAAUAAAAGACUUUUUAUAUUCUUCUGCUAAAGAUGGAACAAUAAUGUUUAGAAGUUAUCAACAAUUAAAUUAAGAUGUUAGAUUAUUAAGAGGACAUAAUUUGAAAUCUGGUGGUGUUUCAACAAUAUUUGUAUCAUAAAAAUAUAAAAUGAUAUAUUCUGGUGGUUUUGAAGGAGAUUUAUUUUGGUGGACAGGAGAGAAAAUAAAAGGAGAUUCUGAUGCAGCAUAAUUAAUGAAGAGUAAUUAUAAUGCUCCUAUGGAAAUUUAGGAUAUGUCUGAUUAAGAAGUUAGAUAUUAUUAAUAAGUUUUGGAGAGUGAAUUUCUUGAAUAAUAAGCACCUAUUAGAGAACAACAAAAAAGAUAAACAAAAGAUUUACUUAAAUAAAUUUAAUCUAAAUUAAAUGCACUUUUAUAAGAAAAUGCUGAAGCUGAUGAAUUAGAAAGAUUAUCAAGAGAUGAAUUUGUUAUUGAUCUAUAUGCUAGAGAUGCUAUACUGGAAGAUGGAAAGAAAUAAUAAUAAGCAUUAAGAGAUUUGGUUAAAAAAGAAAAUGUUAAAUAAGAGAUUCUUUAUUAAUUAAUUAAAGAGAGAACUUGGGAUUAAAUAGAAAUUCCAUUAAAAGGAGUUAAUGGAUUGAUUUAACAUAUUAUUGUUACUAAUUAUCAUAUUAGAAUUAGACAAUCAGAAGAAAUGAGAAAAUUAAAAUUAAUUAAAGAAUUAAGAAAAUAAGAAAUUAGAGAAUUAAAAAUUAGAAAAUAAUAAGCAAUUAAAGAAGUUUGGAGUAUUGAAGAACAUAUAUAAGAUCCUAAAUAUAUUAUUAAUUCUAAACCUGGUAUUUAAACUAUGGUUUUAAAUGAUUAUGAAAAAAAAGAAGAAGUUGCUCCUACUAAAGUUGCUGCUAAACCUGGUGUUGGAGGUGUUUAAUAAAAAUUACCAGCUGGAAGAGCAUAGGCAGGUGCUGCUAGUAUCAAAGCAAGAUAAUAAUAAUAAUAAUAACAAUAAUAAUAAGAGGAAGAGAAGAGAUAGGAAGAAGAAAAAUAGAAAGAAUUGGAGAAAUAAUAAUAAUAAUAAAAGGUUACUGAAGAGAAGAAGGAGGGAAGUGAAGAAUUAACAGAAUGGGAUUAUUUAUAUGGAGUAAGUGAAUUAUUUACUCUUAAUAGAAAAAGAAAUUAAAUGAUAUUAAUUAAUGAUGUGAUAUUUUUAAUGAAAAGAUAAUUUAAUGCUGAAUUUGAAUUGAUUUAGAAAUAGAGAUAAUAAUAAUUAGAUAAUAUUAAUGAAAGAAAUAAAAGAAUUAUUGAAAUUAAUAGUGAAUUAAAGAGAGAUCCUUAAUUAUAAUAAAUGAAAAAGAAUAUUUUAGAAGAUCCAGAAAAAAUAUUGACUGUUAAACCAGAAGAAAUAGGAUUUUCAUAAUAUGAAACAAGAGAAAUGAGAGAAAAGAAGGAAUAAGAAAGAUUAAAAGAAGAAGCACGUAUGAAAGCAUUAAUGGCAGAUGAUUCAGGUAUUAGAGCAGUUAAAGAUAUGAUGGGAGGUACUUUGGAAGAAAAGAAAGAAACUCCAUUAGAUGAAAAAUUAGAAGUAGAAGAAUGGAUGAAAAAAAGUCCAGAUGAUAUGACAGAGGAGGAAAGAAUGAAAUUAAAAGAAUUUGAAGUUAGAAAAUAAAAAUUAGAAGAAGAAAAAGAAAAAAUACGUAAAAAUUUAGAAGCAGAACUUAAAAAAUUAAAUAAUGAAAUUACUGAUAUUUGUUAAAGAUUUGAUGAUAAAUUGUUAAUUUUAUUUAGAAGAAAAUUAGAAUAUGAUUAUAGAAUACUUGAAUAAGAAUUAUCAAUAGUUAGAUUGGCAUUAUCAAUUAUUAUAUCAUAAUAAGCAUAAUUAAGAGUUUCAGAAUUAGAGAAAUUACAUGAUGAGAUGACAACAUAAUUAAAUCAAUUAUAAUAAAUGAAAACUAAUUUAGAUUAAACUAGAGAUUUAACUUAAUAACAAAGAAAAACUUUAAAUGAUUAAAUUGUCAAUUACUUUAAUAGAGGUUAGACUGCAGGUAUGGAUGCUAACAAAGUUAAAAUCCUUUGGUAAUAUGCUUUUGAAGAUUAAAAGACUAAUGAAAGAGCUAAAUAAGAAUCUGAUGAAAAAUUACUCAAAAUUCAAAAAUAUAAAGAUGUACUUAUAUAAAUUGAUCCAUUAUUUGAAAAUUAAAAGAAAAUUAUUUCUGCAUAAUUAGAUGAAUAAUUUGAAACUUAUUUAUUUGAUAUCUAAGAAAAAGCAAGUAAUCUAUAAGGAAUAGAUUUUGAACAUGUUCGUGAUUAAUUAUUGUAAGUAUUAGGUUAAAGAUUUAAAAUGAAAUUAGAAUAUGAAAAAGUUGAAAAAGAUUUCAAUGAUCUUGAAAAUUUUAAUAAAAAAUUUGAAUAAGAUUUUAAUUAAUUAUCUUCUUAACUUACUAAUAGUGAAGAAGACAUUUAAAGUCUACAUAACAUGUUAGAAAAAAGUAGAUCUAAUAUUGAAGUAAUGUUCAGAUUCAAAUAAGGAUAUGUUGAAAUCAGUUAAGAUAAACCAGUACCUAACUUACAAGAUGCUGCACUUAUUCCAAGAGAAACAAUUGAAAAAAAAAAUGAUGAAAUCAAAAAGGAAGGAGAUACUAAAAUUGAAUUAAUGAAAGAUAUUAUUAAAAGUAAAUAUCAAGUUGAAAAAAAUGAAUAUGAUUUAAAAAAGAGAGAUCUUAUUAUUUAAGAUUUAGAAUGUAAAACUAGAGAAGUCUAAUUAUUGAAAGUUAAAAAAGAAAUGUAAAUUGCUUUAACAAAAGAUGAUACUAGAUUAAAUGAGAGAGAAUUAGCUAAUUUAAAAGAUUAAAUAGAUCUUUUAAAAAGUGCAACAGAUAAGAGAUUAUAAAUUAUAAACAAAAAGAGAGAAAAAAUUGAAAAAGAUAUUGAUUUUAUUAAAAAAGAGAAUUAAUAAUUGAUUGCUUAAGGAGGAGUUUUAUCUGUAUUAUAUUUAUAUUAUUUUAGGGAAAUGUUAAAUAAUUAUAAGAUAUAUCAGAUAUGUAGAAUAAAAAGAAUGUUAGAUAAGGAGAAGAAUAAUAAGAACCAUAAGAAGAUAAAUUUACGUAAUUAUAUAUUCUAUAUAUUUCAGUUAAAUUGCUCGUAAUUAUAGACUAUUUAAAAAGGCCAAAGAGUAGGCUGAAGAAAUUGAGAUAUUAAGAGAUGAACUUACUAAACUUAAAGCUAAGACAUUUGCUAAUUUCUAAUAAGUCCAUCGUUGA